CCUAUGAUAAUGCACAAUUAAAAGAAUAAAAUUAGAUACAUAUAAAUAAUCUGAAAUAAAUAUUUAUAAACUAUAAUUUAAAAUAUAUAUUACAAUUCAUAAGUCUUGAAACUAGGUUUCCACUCAAUCUUAAUCAUAUAAUAAGGUGUCAAAUGUUGAUGUCAAAAAUAAUUCCAUAAAUUAGUGAAAAACUUUAAAUUGAAAUAAAAAAUGUUAUAAGUUUUUAUAGUUUAACAAUUUGUUCUAUUUUCUACAUCUAUACGUAAUAUUCGACACUAAGGUAAGAUGGCAGCAUCAAUUUUUUUAAUUAUUGCAUUUUGGCAUAUAUAAAUGUAAAAAUUAAAUUAAAUUGUUAAAUUUUUAUCGGUUUUGUUGUAAAAUUAGUCCAACUCAAUUUUGACAAAAUAAAAUCUCUUUGAUCUACUUAUGAUUUCGACACCUUACUAUAAACUUACGAUUUCCAUGUCCAUAAUAGUCUUCAGAGUAUUUUGUAUCUUUACACUAACUAAUCCACCAGUAAACUUUCAGAUGGACCACUUAGACAAAAGUUACAUCAUUUACCCUUAACAUUAUUAACAUAACAAAUGUUAAUAUUUAAUUUUAUUGCAUUAUUAGUAACAAUAUUUAAAAAGGUACUAACAAUUUUCUUUAGAAGAAUUUUACGUUUUUAUUGAUUUUCGUUUUUUUUUUUGAUAAAAGAUUUGGCUAACUAUACAUCAUGUUCCCGAAUUGUAGGACAUUUUUAUUUGAUAUAUAAAAAUUCGUCCAAGUGGCAAAUAUUUUAUUUAUUAUUCUACAAGACGUAUAAAUCUUAUAAGAUAAUACAUUUGGUUAUUAAGAUAGUAGGGAGCAUUCGUCUAUUUUUUUACUUUAAAAUCCAAAACUUUAUAAAUAAUUUCUGUUUAUAAAAAGUAUAUUGUAAAACCAAAGAUCUUUUAUUGGCGUUGGACUUAUUUGUCAAUUUUUUUUUAUAGGCAGUUGCAAAAAGGUUCAUUAAAUUGUAUGGGUCUGAUAAACUUUGACAGUGAUCUGUCUAAAUGUCAUCUAUUGAGACCUACUUAUGUUAAGACCCAUUUGAUGAUAAUUUAAGCAAAUAAUAGAAUGUUGUAUAAAAAUGGAUAAAUAGCAAUGCACUAACUAAAUUUAUGUUUACUACAGUAAUGAUAACUGAAUUUCCUAUCUAGAUAAAAGGUCUUUGUUAAAUUAUUAAAUUAUUUUUUUAUAAACAGAAUAGGCCGGUAAUCACUACAAUUUUUUGUGUCGCUGACAACUUCAGCUGUCCAAUAGUAUAUACAAAAAAUUUACUUAUCCCAAUUAAGCCCCCUACUUCUUAAGUGGAAGAUUUUUUUAAUACGACUGAAAUGUUUUAAAAAAUGGUGUUAAAACAAUGAUUGCCCAAUAGGAUUAUAUUAAACACUAGUAGUAGAAAAACAUUUUCUUCAUAAGAUUCGACAUACUGCGAGUAUUUUAGACCUUAGUUUACCUUCAAUUCUAGGAUAGAUAAAGGCACCAGUACAACUGAUUUUUCAGUAGGAGUAUUUAGUAAGUAUGCGGCGUGAGACAAGUGAUAAUCUGUUAAGUUUCAGAAAUUCAGAAUUUUUUUCAGUGUCAAAAAUGAAUUCAUGACUUUGAUUCACCCCGCAUACAUUGAUUAAAGGUAUAUAUUGCGAGAUUUCAGGAAUUAUUGCUUUUUAUAAUUAAGAAGUCUCAGUUUUGUUGUAUGAAACUGGACGAUGAUCAAGGGUUCGUUUUUUCGUAGAGCAUUUGAAAUUGUGAGAUUGUCAGAAAAUUGCUGUUAAACUAAUAAAAUAUUCUGAACUAUAUUGUAAUACAGAUUCUCACCUCCCUUAACAUUACAUAGCAUUUAAUAAAACUGGACGUCGAAUACUUUGUUUAUACAAUUUAAGGAGCUUUGUAGCUGCUGGGCGACCAGUCCAUACAAUGAUGUAAAAAACGUGUAGCAUUUCAAAAUCGGAAUUAAUAUGAAGUCAAAAUAAAAAUGUAUUGACAAAUAAAACUGGUCAAUUAGCAGCAUAUGUAGAUGAUGUAUAUAUAUAGUGUGUUCCAUAAAGUUGGAUCAAUAUGGAUUUUUUUUUAAAUAUUAUAACUGAAAAAAACCUAGACUUUUUUAAAAUUUAAAAUAGUCGAUAUUAAAGUUGGCUUGGCUAUCUGUCAAAUUUCGACACUUUUUUGAAAAAUGAUUUCUUUUUUUUUUAAAUGUGAAUUUGACAGAAAUCUAAUGUCAGUAGCCAACUUUGAUAUGGGCUCUAUUAAGUAUAUAAAGAAGCAAAGGUGAAAAAAAUCCCAUAUGGAACCAACUUUAUGAAAUACACUGUAUCUAGUGAUCCACAAAAAAUAUUUCGACAGUAGGCUUUGAAAACGCUCACUUAUGUCGUAAUGUACAAUUUUCUUCUGUUUAAGUGUAAGUUUGGAUUUAAUUCAGAGCCGUGCAUUGGUAUCAGAGACAUAACUGUCAAACAUUUUUCGUGGAUCAAUUUUUUAGUAUAAAAUGGAAGUUGGAUACAUAAAACCCAUUCAAAAUCUUAAAAAAUGUAAGGGAUAUUGCAUUGUCACAAAAAGAACUAGCAGAACACAAAAUUUUGUAAUUUGACGUACAGAUGAGGAAAACGCGAAAAAACUUAACCGACCAUCAUUGACAUGAUAGCCAUCUGGGAGUGAAAUCAAGAUGUAUUAAUAAAAAUUAAAUUACUGCUAAUACGCCACCCAUCAAAUCCUACAAUGGAACAUAGAAAUUAAAGAAAAAUUCACAUGGUGUGUUGUGAGAUUCGAACCACCAUUACCGUUAAAAGCCAGUAAAUGAACUACAGCGCCGAUAACAUACUGGGGGUUGUAAAUUAACAUGGUUGUAGAGAAAAAUUAAUCAAGUUUUAGAGAUAAACACAAUAACGAUUAUUGGACAUUUCAUGGCAUCCAGUGUGGACUAGUAAGGGUGAAAUCUUCGUGGAUGGAACUAAUUUGUUUCUGAAACAAGAUAUUACCGAACGACGUGUGCACUAGUACAGAUGUUGAAUGUCAUUGUACAUUUCAGUCCAGAUAUACUAUUAUUUCGCGACGAUAUUUAAGAUAGAAAAAGAUUUUAGAAAUGCACAAUCUUUUCAUCCAAUCUCAAAUAGCAAUUACUCUACGAAAAAACUCGUUCUGUACUAUCUACAAUAUUUACCAAUCAUCAAUAGAAAAACAGUCAGUACUAUAAAUAACAGCAAAUACAAUAUUUCACACAAUAAACAAAAACGAAAAAAUCAAGAAACAAUUAUAAAAAACAUCAAUUUUACACCAUUAAUCAAACAUAUCAGAUGCAGCUUGCCUUUUUUUUAUAUAUAUAAUAUAUUUUUGAUUUGUUUAUCAAAAAUACUCUACUCCUCAAAGUAGGAGAAUUAUUUUAAAAAAUUAGUUUACAUAAUAAUUGUUCUAACAUUUAAAAAUGGAUACAAAAUUCUUGGAACAUUCUUUUACAAAAAGGCUUUGCCACCGUUUAAUUUUAAGUUAGUUAAUCUCGCAUUGAUAUUUUUUGGUAUUGUAAAAAAAGUUCAUAGCAAAACUGAGUGGCAUAGUUUAUAAUAUGAAAAUGACUUCGUUUUAAUAAGACCAGAAAACAAUGCAGAUAUUUUUGAAAACAUUGUAACACGAAAAACAGUUAUCUUCUUUAUUUUGAAUAGUUCUUUACAUUUUCAACUAGUCAUCGUGAUUCUUAAUAAAAUGAAAUCAAUCGGGUAUACAGGAUUGGACCAAAUUUACGGAAAGCCAGAUUUCUGGCUUUAUUGGACAAGCAACAAAGAAAUGCUCAGUAAGGUCAAUUUUGUUUUUUAGAUGUGCAUUUUUUGAUAAAGGUAUAUUUUUCUAACGUCAUUAUUUUUUUCAAAUGAGAAAACCACCAAUUAAAAGAAAACUUUUAUUUGACGUCAUAUCUCGAAUAGCAAUGUCGUCAAAAAAAUAUAACAUUCGUAUAAAAAAAAGAACUUAAAAAACAAAAUCGAAUGAUCAGAGCAAUUUUUGUUACUUGUCCAUUAAAGUCGAAAUCCGGUGUUGCGCCAAUUUCACCCAACCCUGUUCUAGAUUUAUUCAGGUAAAAAAGUUGGAAUAUCAUGUAGAAAAAGAUUAUAAAAUCUUGGCACAUGAGUAAUUUCAUAACAUUAUUUUUGUCCGUUUCUUUAAUAUACAGAAUGUUAGGUAUAACCGCCUGUAUAUUUCUUAACAAUAUGACAUCCAUGACAUAUCACUUGAUAAACUUAAAAACAUACAAAUAAUGGCAAUAGAAAAUACAAACUUUCAGAACAUAAUAAAUCAAUCACUACCAAUGACAAAAAUAGCAAUGUAUUUCAAAUAAUUUGAACGUUUACAAAGAACAAAUCAGUUGAAAUCGUUCAAAAUAUUGAAGAAAAAAAAUUACAACCCUGUCCGUCUGAUAAUUACUGAGACAAUCUAUAAAAUCUGUAAAAAUUAAUAUCUUACAGAUUCUGUAGCAUAUAGAUUUCUCAGAAUCGGACCCUAUAUUUAAAUUACUUCUGCACCAGCCUUUACACAUUAAAUUUUAAUUUAUGCAGUCUCAUACAUAUUGUGAAAUUAUGUUGAUGUAUUUAUCAGAUUUUAGCAUUAAAAUAUAAUGAGAAUUUCAGAAUAACCUCACAUAAUUCGGAUUGGUUCUCAGAAUAAAUUUAAUUCCAGAUAAAUAUCCAAAAUCACCGUUUCACCAUCCCUCAUACAGUCCAAACGAUUUAUUUUUGUUAAUUUAAAAACGAUUUGAUAUAGUAAAAAUUUUUGUACAACUAAAACUUUGUGAGGUCACUCUGUAUGCAAUUAUAGAGAUCGCCAUACAAAAAAAUUCAAUAUUUUUUACAAUAACGUAUGAGUAUCAUACUAUUGUGUAAAACAAGAAACCAUUUUUGAAAUAUUGGGAUUUUUUUUUCAGAAUCUUUUUCGUAUAAAAAUUAAUUAAUUAAAAAAAAAAUAAAUAAAUAUAUCUGACUAGUAAGCAGUGAUGAUAUAAUCCAAACUUUUGGAUUUCAAAUAAAUGAUAUUUAUGACUAUAUUUUCACAAAAAAUCAUACUAGACUAGACUUCAAAUUUAACGAUUUUAAUUUGUAGUGGUACAAUUUGGAAAAAUGAGAAAAUUACACUGCAUAUCAAAAUACGAUCAAAGUUAUAUACGGUAUUUUUGAUAAAUAGCGUUUAAGUUUAAUUUCCUACACAAAAAUCAGUAGAUGUUAAAUCCGGCGAUCUAGCAGGUAAUUGAACCCAUUGUAACCUGACUUAACAUCUAUUUUUAUAGAAAUAAAUUAAGUGUAAAUUGACUAAAGGGAAUAAACAUUGAAUCAAAAGUCAUGCUGCUUAAUUUCUCCCUUAUAAACGAAAUAAUUUUCAAAAAUUAUACAGUUAAGUGUUUUAUUGUAAAAUUCACAUACAUGGAAAAUAUUGCAGAAUUCUGACAAAAAUAUCGCCGAGAGCAAACCAAAAACAAUCCAUUCAUACGCAACUAUUCAAAUGGCACUAAAUUAUUAAAUAAAUAAUAAAGUACAAAAUUAACCUUAAGAAAUAUUGCUAUGAAUAUUAUAAAUAGAGAAAAGGGAUAUAAAAUAUAGAAAAAAAAUAAAGAUAAUAAACUAAAUAAACUCGAUAAAGUACCUUAGACAUCUAGAUUGUGUUUUAUAAGGAGGAACGCUUUUUUUGUUUUAGUUGGCAGUUAUAUGUUCAAGACACCACGAUCAAUGAUAUGAUUCUGAUCCCAGACUUUAGCCUAAUUCACAAAGCUAUUUAAAUAUUCACGAACCUCUAAAUACAACAUCAAAUAAGAGAAAAAGUAGAGUUGGACAAUAUCGUGAUUUUUGAAUUACACUGUGAAUCGUUACUGUGAUUAGCAGAAUUCAAAUAAAUGAUGAUAUAUUUCCAUUAUAUUCGUUAUUUUUCAUAAAAACACUUAUGAAAUAGAACAUAUCAAGAAGGUCAGCACACUGAUAUCUUUAAAUAUCAGUAAUUAAAUAACAGUUGGUGAAAUAUCACCCAACUUUAUUAUACAUUCAUUGUUGUUUAUGGUCUGUAACUUACAGGUACUUUUAGAGAUCGUUUGUGAAUUAGGCUCUAUAUUGCAUAUUUUAAGAAAGUCUUCGAAAACUACUCUUCCAAAAUUUGAACAGUUUAAUAUUACAUGUUAUUAUCAUUGGAGAUUAUUAAAAAAAAAUAGUAAUUGUUUACCAAGUAGGAAAGAAAAGAUUCCUGGAUGACUGUGAAGAUUGCUAAGUCUCGGCUUGCGCCUCGACUUAGCAACACAGAGUCCAGGAAUGUGGCUUUUCCUACGAGGUAAACAUACUAUUUUUCCGCAAAUCAUUUAAAAUUUGAUAGAUAUUAAUUAAUUUUGAAAAAAUUGCGAAUAAUUUUAUUCACAAAUAAAUGGUGCUUUGAAAUUCGUAAUAAAAUUGGUUGCGUUACUAUGGAAACGUUUUAAUGUUUAAUUGUCAAACUAAAGAAAAAGUCAAGAUUUCCUGUUAGGAAAUCUUGACUUUUUCUUCAAGAAAUUUUGUUUGGAAAGUCAAAAUUUCCUAUCGAUUUGCGGAAAAAUAUAUUAAUAUAUCUCCUACUUUGAAAAUUAAGAUUUCAUUCAAAAAACUUGUUCCGAGAAGACAUAGUUCCUGGAACUAUGCAACCUAGCAUAAACAUGCAGAGCUGAUAGGGAGUUGCUUUGUCACUAGAGCGCGCUACUGAGACGAGAGGUACGCAUGAUAAUUAAACUUUAAGGCCUGUCACUAUAAUCAAAAAAUAAAAUGUACACAAUUUUUACCCACACGCCACAUUGUCGUAUCUAAUAAGAUUGGCCUCAAUGGCAUGUGAUCCGGUAUAGUCUUAUUUUUUAACUAUUGAUUCAAUGCUCUUUUUAUAAGCUCUUUAUUUUACUUGAUUAUUAUAUAAAAUAACGUCCAAAUAUUUGAUUAUAACCACAAAGGUAUUGGAUGAAUACAUACACUUUGUUUACAUUAAGUUUGUUCGCAACAUAAUCGUGAUGAGAGCAACCUUACAUGUUGUCAAAUCUCUUUUUUCGAAAAUAUUGUAUUAUAUUUUGUUUAUAUUCCCUAUUAAAAAAAAAAAAAAAAAAAAACUAUAAGUAAUUAGUUGCAUAAAAAGGGUACAUUAUACAAUUUAUUCUUGUUUUAUGUAAAAUAUAUUGUUACGCAGCACCCUGCAGCUGUUAUAGGAAACGUACGAAUACCAUAAAAGAAGUGCAAUGUUACUCAUCGCCCUACAGUGUGCUGCGGUCGUCAUAAGUACUAGUAAAAGAAGAUAGAAUAGUCCAGAAAUGUCAUUCCACGUCAAGGAAAAGUCUAGACAGUUCCAGAAUGUUCGAGAAGGUUAAAUGUUAAUGUUAUCAGUUGGAGUUAUUGUAUCAGUUGAAUUGAGUUAUUGUAAAAGUUGAGUUAAAAUAAAUUGUGAUACCAAAAACUAGCGUAACAAUAUUAAUCCUUUUUAAUAUUUUCAUAAUUAUUUUAACAUUUUUAAUGAAAAUUAUAAAAUAUAUUAAUAUGUAUAUGUCGUUUUUAUAAGGAUAUAAUUUGAUUUAAUCUUCAUGUAUUUUUUAUUAUUGAGACUAGAAUAACAAAAUCGUAAUUUAGCCCUUAAAAAUACUAUCAAACUUGUUUCUCCAAUUUAAAAUAUUUUAUUCUAUAAAAAAAUAUACAGAAGGCAUUUCAAACAGCCUUUGCAUAUUGGUUAUCAAGAUUUUAACGUUAUAUUGUAUAAUUUUUUAUAAAAUAUAAAUGAACCCUCCUGAAACAGUACGUCAUUGUGUAUUGUACCCUUUCUCUGUCUGGUUUAUGAUGCGGACAAAACAAUGCAUUUUUUAUGCUGUGAAGACAGGGCUCUCUUAGAUAUUGUUAUGUCUAUGAUUAUAAUGCUUUUUGAUAGCUGGUCAGAUGGACCUCAUGUCUCAGUCGACGUUUUCUAAUAUUCAACAAAAUAAUGUACUGAUGAUAGAUCUGGACAGGGAUUUUUAUGUGCUUACUCAACACGUAACGAAUUGAAUAGAAAGACAUUACAUACGAAUCGCAUUCUGUGGAACGAAGAUAGUCGUCUCAACACGUACCGAAUUGAGAAAUGAGAAUCCCAAUGCAGGUGACCAAUAAAUUAACGGCUGCAAUCCUGAUUUUUAUCUGAUGAAAAUUACUUAAGAACGAUUGACAUUUGAGAAUUUUUAAAUAUUAACAAUUAUCAAAUUGUCUUUAUUUAUGACCUGUAGAGUAUUGUAUUAUAAAUAAAUAAAUAAAUAAAAACUAAAGACAAGUAGGUAUGGAUGAUAAUAAUAUAAUUGCUGUUGUGGUGAGCCUAAUGAAUCUAAUGAAAAGAAUUAACAGGGAUUUAUCUAGAGAACAUUAUAAUUUCCAGUAACAUAAAAAAAUUAAUAAACGUAUAGCUUUUUUCUAUUUCAUUAACUGUCUAAUAAUUAAUCUAAUUUAAGGUUAUGUCACGUGACCAUCUGAGAAUUAAGUUGAAUUUAAGAAUAUGAUGUUAUGUUAUGUUGAGAAUAUGAUGUAUAACUCGUCUAAAAAUUGUUGAUGGAUAAAAGAACAGUUUUGAUGAAUGUUGGAUGGCAUUGAUGAAUAUUAGAAAACGCCUAGUAUCACCAUCUGGUAAGUGUUGAAAUUUUACCCCUCAUUGACUAAAUUGAAAUAUUUUUGACAGAAAAAGUAAAUAAAUUAGUAGUUUUACUUUUUGGUGCAAAAGAAAAUAAAGAUGUUUAAAAGUUAAGAUUAGAAAAUCACAAAUGUCAGUAGUUCUUAAAUAAUUUUCAUCAGAUAAAAAUCAGGAUUGUAGCAGUCGGCCAUUUGUUGGUCAGGUCAUCAGUACACCAUUUUGUUUAAUAUUAGAAAAAGCCCUAUCUAAAUAAGAUACAAAAUAGUCAAUAAAUUGUACUUCAAUAUUUUGGAGAGGUAGUUUUGCGGAGAUAUUUUUUUUUAGGGAACUUUAAUGCCUUAGUUUUAAAAAAAUAAAUUAUAAAUGUGAAUACUUAUUAUUUCAUUAUUCUAUUAAAAAUCUGUCUAAUUCUUGCUAACUAAAAAAAGAAUAAUAAAAAAUUGUAUUAGUAAAAUCUAAAUACGUAUAAUGUGCGGUGUUGAUCCCUAUUUUUUUUUAGGGAAUGUUCACUUAAAAUGGAAAAAAAGAAACAAAUUUAAUUGUUAAUAUAUAAACUGGCCUAUAUCCAAUACCCGUAAACAUGUUGGUGUCUGAUUUUGAAAACAAAAAAGUCAAUAAAUAUUGUCAUAUUUGCCAAACUGGUAACAUUGCUUUGACAUCAGUCAACAAUAAACAGAACCUCCAAGUAAUGACUAUUAUUAUAAUAAUAAAGGAGUUAAAGUCCCUUAAACCAAAUUUUAAAAUUUAACUAAGUCGGAAUAUAUAAAAAAAAACAUUCAAUAUGAACGCUUUUAAAUUUUACAUUUGUAACAACAAAUGUUAUAAAUGAUUAUUGGAAGAUUGUGGCUAUGAAUUGCAUGUUAGUUACAACCAUCAAAAUGUUCGCUAAAAAAUUUCCUGUAUUGGUAAACUUGCUAUAUGUGAGAGUGUUGGAAUCACAAUAAAUAUAUUACUUGGAUAAUAAUGAUUUUGAGAGCCAGGGAUUUUCUGAAGUAAAUGCAAAUUAUAAUACUUUUAGAAGAAACAAUAUCUCUUUGACAAUGAUCAUUUUAUUGUACCGUUCAGGAAAAUAUACACGGUGGGGCAAAUUUAAUUAAAUUCUAUUACGAUUUCCCAUUACACAGUUACAAUCUUAUGAACUAAUGAAAUCAGAAAAUGCUUAAAAACCGUUUCUAGGGUACGAAGGGGUAACUUAAAUGACAAAAUGUAGAAUUCACUCCCAUUAACUCCUUAUGCACCAUUUACCUCAACAAAAAAAAAAAAUAGCAAUCGCCUAUACAGGGUGGUUCAAUAGUUCAUAGUAAAAGAACCUAUUUAAAAAGAAGAUGGAAUGUAGUAUCUGAAUUAAAUAUUCCUAUACCAGAAAUACAAAAUAAUUUGUAAUAACUAAUAAAUACAAUUUUUCUCUACUCAAUCUUGUAUCACACUAUAUUGUUUUUAUGAUUUGACAACUCUAGGAAUUUUCGUAAGCACGGUCCUACUCAUUUGCCUCAAGAAUUCGUGAAUUUUUAAAUUUUCAAGACGAAUAGGGACAAAUGGACGCAGAAAAUGGCCUUGACGAGUUCCAGAUUUGGGGGGUUUUCAAAGAGAAUGUCUAUGGCUAAAAUGACGAAAAAAUUCAUGUCUAAAAAUGUAAUUUUGGAACUCGAUUUGAAAGUUAGAGGUGAGAUUGACAGCUGUACAGUUUGCAUUAGUAAACUGUUUAAAGUAGACGGGCCAUAUUUAGGUAACAAAUAUUUCACCUCGAAGGACAUAGAAUUGUAUAUAAAGGGUUUUCCAAUAAGAGUUUCCGGAUAUUUUUGUUUGCUACUUUUUUUGUCACCAACCUUUUAUGUGGUAUUCUUUUUUUGUUGCAUUCUGCAAACCAGUACAAGUUUAGCAAUGGAGCGGUACACAGUAGAACAAAGAGUUUACGUUAUUAAGACGUACUUUGAAAAUCGGUCUUCUGUGAUAGCUACAUAUCGCCGAAUUCGUGAUUAUUUUGGCAUACAAAAUCGACCCUCAGAAAGAACCAUGCGUAAAUUCGAAACUACAGGUUCUGUGCAAGAUAUUAGCUCACUCGGUUGAUAAUAUUGGAAGCUGUUCGUCAAAGUGUGGCUGACAAUCCCCAAAUGUCUACUGCAAGGCGUUCGCAGCAGGCAUCAGCAAAACCUCAACAUGGCGAAUUUUGAAAAAGGAUUUGUCUCUCCACCCUUACAAGAUUCAGCUAACACAGGAGUUAAAAGCCAGCAGACCAUGGCCAACGCCGUGAUUUUGCUAACUGGAUCCUACAGAAGAAGCAGAUGAUUAUUUUUACAACAAAAUCAUCUUAAGCGACGAGACCCAUUUUCAUUUCAGCGGUUACGUAAAGAAGCAAAACUGUCGCAUCUGGGACAAUGAAAUCCUAGAAAAAUCCAUGUCACGGUUUGGUGUGGUUUUUGGGCUGGAUAUAUCAUUGGACCUUUCUUUUUUGAAAAUGAAAACGAACAAGCUGUUACGGUAAAUAGGGAGCGAUAUCGAGCGAUGAUUAACGACUUUUUAUGGCAUGAGAUAAGGGACAUGGACUUUAACAAUAUGUGGUUUCAACAGGAUGGUGUGACAUGUCAUACAGCAAGAGAAACGAUGGAUUUAUUGCGUACAAGAUUCGAUGGGAGGAUUCUCUCAAGAAAUGGGGACGUAAAUUUGCUACCUAGAUCAUGCGACUUGACGCCGCUGGAUUAUUUUUUGUGGGGUUAUGUAAAAAGUAAAGCUUACGAAAACAAUCCCCAAACAGUUUAACAGUUGAAAGAGGAAAUUCGACGCAUAAUUCGUGACAUAACACCACAAAUGUGCUCAGAUGUUAUGAAAAAUUUAAACAAAAGAAUUGUUUCCUGCCAGAGAAGUCAUGGUGGCCAUUUGCCAGAUAUUUUAUUCCACGUAUAAUUGUAAAGAUUUAUACUUCAUAUUGCAGUAAAAAAUUGUCAUUUAUGUUGUAAACUUUUGUUUUAUUUAUUAUCAACAUCCGGAAACUCUUGUUGGAACACCCUUUUUAUCCAAUUUUUGUUAAAAAUGGACAAGCAAUAUUUGUCGUUUUAGCCAUCGAUGUAUACUAUGAUUAAACUCCCGAAAUUGCAGAAUUGAGGUAGAUAAUUCUUAAACGUAUAUAAUAUUAGACCUGAAUGAUUGGAAACGCAAUUGAAUCUUAAUCUCCUCGCAACAGUUAUGAACGACUCUAUACAAAAACAGGAAACAGGCUAGUCACUCCUAUAUAUAAAAAAGGCAAAAAAAUUAAUCCCAUCAACUACCGUGCAGUCAGUCUUACAAGCUGUAUCGGUAAAGCAAUGGAAAAGAAAAUUACAAAAGAAGUAACAGAGUUUAUGACGGAACACAGAAUUUUACCAAGCAACCAACACGGAUUUACACCUAAAAGAUCCGUUAUUACAAAUUUCCUAAGUAAAGUAAACCACUGGGCAGCUUGGCAUGACAACAACCGCCAAUUGAUGUGAUAUAUCUUGAUUAUGAGAAUUUCUUAUUCAAUCGGCAGUUCUGCGUAAAAAUAAACUGGCAGCUAUCAAACAACCAUCCAGUAGAAAGUUGAGUGCUACAAGGUUUGGUCUUGGGUCCCCUAUUACUUAUUUUAAGUAACAAAGACUUGUAGAGAAUUGCUAACGAUAAGUAGGAUAAACGGCAAUUAAAGUUAUACUUUAAAGUGGCUGUAAAGUGAAUAUGGCCAAAAAGUUGUCUAAAAACCAUAUGUAAAGCGUUUCCAGGGCGAAAAAAUGUAUUUUGGAGGGUCUAAAAAACCGGGAAAAUGUAUCCUGUUCAGGUGAUGGUGACAUUAUUCUACAAAAUGUGGCUAAACUAUGUUAAGUGGUAUUCAUUUAUCAAAACGGCGUUAAUUAAAUAAAACGAAAAUUGACAAUUUCGGUUUUGCCCAGAUAUCUCGGAAACCGGACCUGAUACUUUUAUUUUGAAAAACCAAUAAAUUCGUCUGGAAAAUACGAAUCUUUUUUCAUUUAAUGCCCAAAGCAUUUAAUUAAAUUUUGUAUAUCAAUUUUAAGAGAAAGCCAAUUGUUUUUGAAUGUACAUAACUUUACUAGCUUAAAAUGUAAAAAUUUCCAAAAAUAGUAGCUUCUAGAAGUAUAAACAUUCGAUGGUUGUAACUAUACAUUACGUAUGGCGAUCAAUUACAUAAACAAAUGAUUUGAGUCAGAAAUGUCGUGAAAAUCAGUGCAAAUUCUCUAUUGAGAUCAGACGUAUUUGUAAUUAUUGCACUUAAAAAAAUCAUUCAAGCUAUGUCAUUAAUCAUCUUAUUUGUGUUUAUCUUUGUACUGUCGAUAAUAUGUGUUGUGGAUACUUAAUAAUAUAUAAAAUUGAAAGAGUCUUAUUAAUAGCCAUUUUUCGAUAAAAAAAGUAUUAAAAAAAUGACUCGAAAACUUAAACCUAAUUAGGGAAAGACGGAGAAUAAUUUUUAAAUCCUAAUCGAUUUUCAGCUCAAUUAAAUAAAAGCGAUAUUUUUGAGAUCGGUAUAUUCGUUUAGUCAUUCUAAAUUAUAUAAACAAAUUAAUAAUAGCCAAUUCAAUAAAAAUUCUUUGGUUUAUCACUAAAAUAAAGCCGAAUAAAAACGCCUUUGACAGCCGACAUUAAUGACAACUGACGAAUGACAGGGGUAACUUUCUAACCUCAAAAUCAUCAAAUCGAGGAUUGUUAUUGUUAAUGACGAAAAAAUAUACUUCUCCCGACAAAUAUCAUCUUUUAUCUAAAAACAACUUAUAAAAUAAAACGAUUCAAAAACUAACCUAACCCACUUAAUUACAAUCUAAUAAAAAAUAUCUUUCUCUGGACAAAAAAUCUGUGUACAUUUUGUUACAAAUAUAACAACGAAAAAUCUACAUACCAAUAAAUUACAAAUUAUAAAAACAACCUAAAAAGCGACAUGACACGGGCGAGGUUACAUUAGUUGACCAUAGUUUCUGGAAUUCGACUGUUUAUCUCCUCCAAGCCUACUUGAUCCUGGUUAAGGGGCAAUGGAAGGC